AUGGUCUUCACACCUCCAUCGUAUCUUCCCCAGCUGCCAGAGGUUCCGGACUCAAUCACAAUCGAAGAAUUCCUGCGAAAUGAGCAAUACGGCCGGUACCCAGUGGCCAAGGCCAGAAACCCGUACACAUGCGGCAUCACGGGCACGACCUACGAUGCCGCUCAGGUAGCUGAACGGAUAGAUUACAUGGCUCGCGCAAUCAGCAAGCGAUUGGGCCUCAACCCUAACGAGGAGACUGAGUGGGAAAGAGUUGUCGCGUUGUACUCGGUCAACACGAUUGACUAUCUCCCAUUUACUCACGCCAUCCACCGCCUCUCCGGCAUUGUCACUCCAGCAAGCGCCGCAUACUCGAUACAAGAGCUCGAGCACCAGCUCCGCACAUCAGGAGCCAAGGCCGUGUUUACCUGCCCUCCUCUCCUCGAAAAUGCUCUCAAGGCAGCCACCGCUGCAGGAAUCCCCAAGGAUCGCAUAUUCAUAUUGCGCACUGCGGGCUUUGACAAUCCUCCUUCAUAUGUGACCAUUGACGACUUGGUGGCCGAGGGCAAGAGUCUGCCGCCAUUGAAGCCUUUGAAUUGGGUCAAGGGUCAGGGUGCUAGGCAGACUGCUUAUCUGUGCUACUCUAGCGGAACUUCUGGCCUGCCGAAAGCCGUCAUGGUCUCCCACCGCAACGUCAUCGCCAACGUGCUCCAAGUUUAUUUACUAGACAGCGUCCCCCGCAAAGAGCUCGGCAUCGAAUCGCAAGUUUUGCUCGGCGUUCUUCCCUUCUCGCACAUAUAUGCCCUCGUUCUAGUUUCCACCCUAAGCCAGUACCGCGGCGAUGAGACUAUUGUGCUGCCAAAGUACAACUUCCAUGAACUUCUCGAUGCUGUCCAGCGCUUCAAGAUUGAGCAACUGUUUGUUGUCCCACCCAUGCUCAUCCAAAUCAUCGGCAACCCCCAAAAUACUGCCAAAUACAAUCUCGAGAGCGUACGCUUCGUCUACUGCGGUGCAGCUCCGCUAGGCCCAGAAGUCGUCGAGGCCGUAACCAAGAUGUUUCCCAAAUGGCGCAUCGGACAAGGCUACGGCAUGACUGAAUGCUCACCCACCGUCUCUUCGACCAACGAGCUGGACGUACUCUUUGGCUCUUCAGGCUCUCUAUUACCGGGAAAGAAGGCCAAGGUUAUCGAUCUCGAAGGCAAGGAAGUGACCGAAUACGACACUCCGGGCGAGCUGUUGAUCCAAUCUCCCGCCGUUGUGCUGGGGUACUUGAACAACGAAAAGGCCAAUGCCGAGACAUUCGUCCACCACGAGGAUGGUCGGUGGCUGCGAACAGGCGACGAGGUUGUUGUCCGAAAGUCCGCCCAGGGUCACGAGCACCUUGUUGUUGUUGACCGAAUCAAGGAAUUGAUCAAGACCAAGGGUCACCAAGUCGCUCCCGCCGAACUAGAAGCCCAUCUCCUCAGCCAUCCCUACGUCUCCGACUGCGCCGUUAUCCCAGUCCCCGACUCUUACGCUGGCGAGGUGCCCAAAGCCUUCGUCACCAAAUCUGUCUCCGACUGCGCUGGCAAAUCUGACAAGGAAAUUGAAGACGCCAUUCAGAAGCACGUCAAAGACCACAAAGCCAAGCACAAAUGGCUCAACGGUGGAAUCGAGUUCAUUGACGCAAUUCCCAAGAGCCCUAGCGGCAAGAUCUUGAGGCGUCUCUUAAGGGACAAGGAGAAGAAGGCUAGGCAGUCUAAGGGAGCAAAACUAUGA